AGCAUAAUUCAUUCUCCAUUGUUGUGUGGGUGCCUAAGCUCUCAAAUAAAAAAAUAAAACACAAGUCCUAGAUUUUUAACUUUACUCACAAAAGUUUCUUAACGAAAAACGUUGAGCAUUUUCCGUAGAUCGUUAAUCUAUCUUUGCAUGUUGGAUCAAGAUUCGACAAGUUGUCGAGCUAUCGAGUCGGAGGACCAAGGAAAUUAACGGAGUUGUUUAAAGGAGCAUUGACGGAGUAAUACCGUAGUUAAACGGUUUCUGAAAGCUGGUCCGAAUUUGAUGAAGGCUUCCGAACGUUUAUUUCUCGGAAGUCUACCUUGAUAAAAGACUGUAAAGAAGGUUUUAAGUUCUAGUUGUCCGCAGUAGAUUAGUAUAGUCUUAUUGUAAUCAAAUGUUUUAAAGCGCAUUUAAACUCUGAUGUUUUGUCCCAUCAGUUAUUUAAUAAAUGUUUCAUACAUUUCUAUUUUCAAAGCAAAAAAAUUUAUAGUGUUUUUCAGGCUUGCUACGGGUUUCGGAGCAACCACUCCCAUUCCCUAGCGCCGGUCUCGACUCGAGAUUUCGGGUCGUGACAAAGGUGGUAUCAGAGCAGUUGGUCCAGUUACCUCUGCUAAUAUGGGAAUUGAGUGCAGUUGGUCAGAGAUACCACUGCUAGUCUGUGUAGAUGUUGUGUGAACCUAGGAGUAAUGUACAGUGUCACUAGUUUAAGUUAGGAACUAUUGCGGAUUAUAGGAUUUCCAGUCAUGUCUUUUAAACGUUUUCAUCGUUUUCAUCGGUUUUUCAAAUGAUUUUGAAAACGUCCUGUCCUAUGUGUGGUGUCAGGAUAUGAGUUAGAUGUGUGUGUUAGCACAAUAUAUGUUUGUGGUUACUCGAGUAAGCAUUACGCUUUCGAGUAUAUAGUCUGCGAGGAGUUGUAUACUCUCGAGACUCAUAUUAUCUAUGAAAUGUAUGUUUAUUAUGAGUACGAUUUAUUGAUUGAUGUGGUAUGUUUAUAGCGUAAUCACUGAAAGGAGUGAUAUGCUUUCGAAUGUGAUAAAGUCUGCGUAGAGAGAUAUACUCACGAGACUUGCGUUAUGUGCUUUAGCCGAUAAUUCCUAAAUGAGUUGAUUAUCAUUAGGAUAUGGCUUAUAUGUAUGAUAUAUGUUGACAUGUGUGUUGAGAAUUGUUUACUUGAAUGAUUAUAUGUUUUGAGUAUUGUUUAGUCUACGUAGAGUAGUAUACUCUCGAGACUUAUGGAAUGUGUUAUGAUUGAGUAAAUCAUAAAUGAAUUGGGUUUUCUUUGAACCUAAUUUUUAUGUAUUUGUGAUGGCUAUGAUUUGAUUAUGUGCAUGUAAUGUGAUUGAUUAUUAUGUGCAUGCAAUGUGAUUGAUUAUUAUGUGCAUGCAAUGGAAUAGUGUAUAUGAAACGUAUAGAACACGUGAGUUAUAGCCAGAUAUGACAUAGACGAAUGAAAAUUUUAUUAGAGCCUAAUUCGUAAAGUAAGAAUGAGACACGACUAUGUGUGCGGUAGAACUUUGCGAACAUGAUGCGUAUGCCAUGUUAUUAGGAGCUCAUUUAGAUUUCUUUGUGCCUUAGAAUGGCUGAACAAAGAACCACUCGAGCGCGUGCAGCGGCACAACGAGUAAACGAGGCCCGAAGGGAGGCCGAAAUUAAUUUAGGAGAGUAUGACCCAGUCCGACAGGCAGAUAGAGACCGCGGACAAAAUAGAGGUCAACAAGAACCUAGAGUAUAUCAAGCUGGGAAUGUGCAGGCACAAGGAAUGCCGCAACAACCCAAUAUUGAUAUAAAUUAUUUGGCAGCAGAAGUUAUUGAUAUACGAAGUUGUGUGUUAAUGAUAGGGCAGUGGAUGCAACACCAGCAUCAGCGAGAAGAGAGAAAUGCUGAUAGAGACCUGGUGUUAGCAUACGUAAAACUGAGCCGAAAAGAGUUUGAUGGAUCAAGUGAUGCGUUAGACUUUUUGGAAGAAGUCGAGCAAAAUGCUCGUAGACUUCAAGCUAACGAAAGACAGACAAUGUUGUUAAUGGAGAUGUCGAUGAAAGGUCCAGCCAAGGAUUGGUUUCGACAAGUAAUUGGACCAAUAAUGGGUCGUAUAACAUGGGCAGAGUUUGUGACCCGAUAUAAGGAUUUCUUCUUACCGUUUGCGGUAGUUGAAGGCAACCGGGACAAACUGUUAUCGUUAACUCGAGGUAACAGAUCUGUACAAGAAUAUGUUACCGAGUUUAAUCGAUUGAGCAGAUUUGCUCCAGACUUGAUAACAGAUCAAGUCAGAGUAAACACCAUGUUUGUGAAGGGAUUAGGACAUCAGUUUAUAGAACUGUUGACUCAGAGAGACAAGGAUUUUGUGCAAGUUGUCGACAGCGCAAGACAACUGGAAAGCGCAUUAAUCCAAUUUGGUAAAAUUCCUGACCCCUCACAACCAAACCAAGUUAGAGAUGAACGUUUUGGUUAUGGAAACCAAACUUCAAGGCAAAUAAGUGAAGAAAAUGUACGACGACGUGGUCGAACCCAUAGUAAGAGUAGACAUGGAAAAAGGAGUAAGAAAAGUAAAAUUGAUAGUCAAAAUUUUGAGCAAGGAAGCUCUAAUUUUGCAAAUCCUAUGUGUCAACGAUGUGGAAGGAGACAUUUAGGUAUUUGUCAAGCUACUAUGGAUGUAUGUUUUUCAUGCGGCCAACAGGGUCAUUACGCGAGAGAAUGCCCGUAAUUCGCGCAUCAGAAUACAACAGAGAAUGUGGACCAACCACUUCCUCAACAAGCAAGGUCUAUUUACACAAUGGUUUCUAGACCGGAUCAACCUAACGCG